AUGUCGCUAGCGUCGAGCGUGAUGCGGAUGCAGAUGCCGCGGGUGACGAACCUCGUGGCGAAACGCGGCGGCGCCACCGGCUUGAUGGUCCAUCGCGACACCAAGGAGAACAACCUCAACACCAAGUUCAAGUUCUCCGAAGACAACGAAAAGCGAAUCAAGGCCAUCCUCGCCAACUAUCCGGAGGGUCACAAGGUCUGGGAGCCUGUUUUGGGAACUUUGUGUUGGAUAUUCCAUGUCAGAUUUUACGAUUUCUUGCUUUUUUCCAAGCUACAGAAGCCUCCGGGAAGCUUUUCUUCGAUGUUCGUUGUCUGUUUAUGUACACGCGCCUUUAAUAUAACGAAAAUUUUAGUCCAAAUAAAUGGCGCAUCGAAAGGAAGCUUCCCGAAAGCGUUUGAACAAGAAAAUCGUGACAAACCGGCGCGGAAUGGGCUAUAAGAGAAAGAAUGAGAUUAAUUGAAAGCCUAUGUCGCUCAGGUCGCUGCCCUGAUCCCUUUGCUCGACUUGGCUCAACGCCAACACGGUUGGCUCCCAAUUACGGCCAUGCACGAAGUAGCCAGAAUCCUGGAGGUCCCGCGAAUGCGCGCCUACGAAGUCGCCACCUUCUACACCAUGUUCAACAGGCAACCCGUCGGAAAAUACUUCUUGCAGGUUUAUUUUUUUUGUAGAAGGCUGUGAAACUUAUAUUAUGUCUUGUUCUUUUCUCUGCCAUUUUCUUUGGAAAAACCGGCCCGCCCCCCUUUGAUGAUUUUUUUAAAGUUUUCCUUCUAAUAUGUCAUUUUUCAGGUGUGCGCGACGACCCCGUGCAUGCUCCGAGGCGCCGAAACGAUCACAGAAACAAUCGAGAAGAAGUUGGGCAUCCACGCCGGAGAAUCGACCGCCGACGGCCUUUUCACCUUGGCCGAAGUCGAGUGCCUCGGCGCCUGCGUCAACGCCCCGAUGGUCCAGAUCAACGACGACUACUACGAGGACCUGACGCCCAAGGACAUGGAGAAGAUCAUCGACGAGCUCAAGGCCGGCAAGCAGCCGAUGAAGGGCCCCUACUCGGGACGCCUUGCUGCAGAGCCAUUCGGUGGCUUGACCUCCUUGAAGGAGAAGCCCACCGGCCCUGGAUAUGGCCUCCAGGCCGCCUUGAAGUAA